AAAUUGAUCCAAAAGAAGAGGAAGUAUAACCUUACAUUUUGACACCUCUGUUUUUAUUUUAAUUAGUUAUGAAAAACUCCAAUUAUUUUAGAACCUGCUAAAUUGAAUAAGAGAGAUGGGUUUGUUAACAGAUCCGAGCGGCGGUCAAGGGAAAUUUGCAAAAACCCUCUUGAAAUGUUACAAACCGUUAUGUAUAGUGCUAUAUGGGGUCGGUGUUGUGUGGUUUUGUGCUCUGGCAUCUCCGUCAAUGAAUUACAGCACUUACUUGUCUGAGAAUGCCUUACUACCGGGUUUAGUAAAGUUGCGAUUCCAGGAAGAUGAUGCUGCUAUGAGAUAUUAUGAAGACUUGCGUAAUGAGAUGCAAAAGUACCCAAAUGAUAUGCCUUCCAGUUGGAUUCUGGCGAAAUUUAGACAGAUAGGCUUGGAUGCAUAUACUCAUAAUUUUUCAUUGAGCUCUCCUUUAAGUAAUGGAGAUAUGUAUUUGGGAAAUAAUGUAUAUGGGAUCUUGAGAGCUCCCAGAGCCGCUAGUACUGAGGCGUUGAUUUUAAGUGCACCUUAUCGGCCCUUGUCGAGUGUGCACCCCACUACGGUUCCCUCUAUAGCCCUUAUGUUGGCAUUUGCCAAAUAUGCUAUUAAAGAAAAAUUCUGGGCAAAAGACAUAAUAUUUUUAAUAACUGAACAUGAGCAGUUGGGUAUUCAGGCUUGGUUAGAAUCCUAUCAUGGAGUUACAUGUGGUAGUGAAAAUGUACUUAAUCAUGGAGAUUUAAAAGGUCAUGCCGGUGCCAUUCAGGCAGCGAUAAAUCUGGAAUUACAUAGUAUUAAAAUUGGAUAUAUUGAUAUUAAAAUUGAAGGUCUAAACGGACAGCUACCUAAUCUAGAUCUUUAUAAUCUAGCUACAAAAAUGUGUAUCAGAGAGGGAAUAAUACAGACAUUUAAAAAUCAACCCCCUGAACGAUAUAGGACUUCUUCUUUCGAGGAAUAUCUCACCCAUUUCAAAAAUAUGCUGCUCAUGGCUGGAACACAAGCUACGGGAAUACCCAAUGGCAAUCACGGCCUCUUUCUCCGUUUUGGUAUUCAAGCGCUUACUUUGGAAGGUUCUGAAUGGGCAAAAGCAUCAACGAGAGUACGGGUUGGUUUUCUUGGGGUGGGGAGAAUACUGGAGAAUAUAUUUCGCAGCAUGAACAACUUGCUGGAACGGUUUCAUCAAAGUUUCUUCUUCUAUUUAUUGCCAUCUACAGACCGAUUUAUUUCUAUAGGCCUUUAUAUGCCCUCCAUAUGUCUAAUAGCGGGGGUUCUUAUAAUCAAAGCUUACGCCAAGUGGUGUAAGUUACAGGAAGACCUAGAAGAUCCGCGAAAAGAUACAGAAUCGAAAUCAAGUACCCGAGAUGCAAUUGCGUAUGUCCGAAUUAUAGUGACGUUUAUCGCGAUGCACCUAUUUGGCAUGUUUUUGCUGAACCUGCCGACGUUUGUCGCAGCCACCGCAGUGAAAUUCGGCUACCCUGCCAGUCAAAUGGUUUUUUACAGUCUGGCAGGAGCGAGCGGCGCGGGUCUCUUGGUACCGUUGCUUUUGGGAAAUACGCGUACUUCCGAAGUCAGCAUGAAUAUACUGUGCACAUUCUCCCUACUGGAACUAGGAACGGCGCUGAUUUGUAUUGCUAUGAAUAAUUUCUCGUUAGGAUUGUUCUGCGGAAUUGUCAGCGUACCAUUUGCGCUCUUCAUCACUCCGACCAAGUGUAGGCACUAUGCAAGAACUCAAAGAAUCAUAUGGCUUGUUGUUCAUCCCUUGACGGUGUUGUAUGGCAUGGUCUUACUCAAUACCCAUUUUUUGUUUCCCAAUGGGGAUAUCAGAGAAAUACUGGCAAGAACAGCGGAUGCGGCACAACAGGCUGUGGUGUACAGUGUGGUAGAUUCCAUGAUCUACGGUAACUGGAUGUUCACAGUGGUCACCACAAUAUUCAUUCCAAACUGGCUUUGUUUUUGGUGUGUUGCUUUUAGUAGUGUUAGGAGAGCAGAAGUUUCCGUGGAGAAAAAAACCAAUUGAAAUGAUUAUUUGUUCAACGUUGUAGCUAGAAGUUGAAGUCUGAUUAUUUUAUAGGUGUAAUAAAUAAAAUGCAUUUUUUUAA